UUUACACUACGGAUUAGUUUUCGUCAUUUACGUACACCAGUAAAAACAAAGAUGGAGGCAGUGCCUCGACUGCCGAUGAUAGCUUUCGAGCUUAAAACAAGCCCAGAAUAUGUGGAUUUUGGACCAGUAUUAAAACAGUAUAUAAGAGACAAUUAUGGAGAAGAUCCAGCAGAUUACAACAAAGCUUGCACUGAUCUUGAACAGCUUCGACAGAGUGCAGUGCACGUAUCACAUGACUUCAUGGGUUGCAGUACCUUAAAAAAAUACUAUGCUCAGUUGCAAUUUCUUCAGGGAAGAUUUCCGAUGACUGAUGGGGGCCAAGCUGCUCUGCCGUUUACAUGGGAGGACAUUUUCAUGGCAAGAGAAGUCACCCUAGCAGACAUCAAAUUUGAGCAGGCCUCAGUGCUUUACAACAUUGGAGCUCUACACUCUAUCCUUGGGUCCAUGGAAACGAGAACAAAUGCAGAUAGUAUGAAGGUAGCCUGCACACACUUUCAGUGUGCCUCGGGGGCCUUUGAAUAUCUCCGAGACCACUUUGGAUCAGCCAUGAUGAGCCUCGACUUUUCGCACGAGCUUCUGACGUUUCAUGUCAAUUUAAUGCUGGCACAAGCACAGGAGUGUAUUCUGGAGAAGUCCAUGAUUGACAGCAGAAAAAGCUCCAUCACAGCCAAAGUGUCCGCCCAGAUUGUGGAAUUCAACAACUUGGCUUUGAAAUCUUUGGAACCUGCUUACAAGGAAGGGAUAGUGCCAUCUCGGAAAUACAAGGAGUGGAAGAAAAGAAUGGAGCUGAAGAGCCAGUUUUAUGAGUGCAUCACCUGCUUCUACAUGGGUAAGCAGUCCGAGGAACAUCAGAAGUGGGGGGAGUGUCUGGCCUACUACACAGAGGCAUUCAACAAGCUCAACGAGUGUAUCAAGAAGGGCAAGAGUGAAGAUGGUGAUAUUCAAGAAUCGUUUAGAUUUGCCAUGGAUGUCAUAGGAGGAAAGUACCAGUCUGCAAAGAAGGACAAUGAUUUUGUUUACCAUGACAAAGUUCCAGACUUUGACAGCCUACCAGAGGUGAAAGGGGCCUCUCUAGUGAAGGGUAUAACCUUUAACCCCAGUGACCCAGAUGUGUCUGGUCCAGAUUUAUUUCAGAAACUGGUCCCAAUGGAGGCUCACGAGGCUUCAUCACUAUACAGUGAAGAAAAGGCCAAACUCAUAAGGAGAGUAUGCGGAAAUAUAGAAGACAAAAAUGCUGAACUUGUACAAUUUAUGUCUUCUCUGAACAUUGACCAAUCAAGCUUGAGCUUCGAGCCAGAGAAUCUGCCCCAGGCUCUCCUGGAGAAAUGUGCUGCCGUGUCUGUCAAACCCAACGCUAUCAAAGAUUUGGUGGAAGCCAUGUCAGGUGUUUCAAAUGUGGCUACAGAGGUUGAUGUGAAUUUGAAAGACAUCACUGCACUUCUCGAUAACGAAGCGGAGGAAGAGGAAAAUUUUCAGAAGCAGUUUGGCAAGCGAUCAACAAAUCCUAUGUUUGAAAACAUCAGAAAGGAACUGGCAUUAUUUUCUGAGGGCCAUAGGAAGGGAAGUCAAUCCAACAACGAUCUGCACAAAGCAAUGAAUGCUCACAUCACCAAUCUAAAGCUCCUCGGUGGGCCUAUUGAAGAUAUCAAGAAUGCAUUACCAUCUAAAGAUAAAGAGAAAAGUUCUGAGGUUGAUGCUGUUACUGGUGACCUGAAAAGACUGAUAUCCAAGGUGGAGGAAAUGAAAUCCCAGAGGAAUAUGCUGGAAGAACAGUUUAGGACCGAGGUCCAGAAAGAUGAUAUCACUCACAGAAUUGUGACACAGGAGGGGGGUAACAAGCAGGUGAUGUUUGACCAGGAAAUUCAGAAGCACAAGAAGGUUGAAGAGUUGAUUAUGCAAAAUCUGAGGGCUCAGGACAACAUACUUCGGGCACUUACAGAUGCUAAUGUAAAGUACGCACCAAUACGCAGGAAAUUCAGUGAGGUUGCCGCAAGGCGAGAAAUGAUGAUCAAGGAUCUGAUGAAUUCAUUUGAUGUGUAUGAAGAUCUGCUGGCAAAGUCUCAAAAAGGACAGGAAUUCUACAGGAAACUAGAAAGCAAUGUUUCCAAACUUCUGACUAGAUGUCAGGGGUUGUGUAAGAUUCAGGCUGAGGAAAGAGAACAAAUAAUGAACAGGCAUAAACCCAAAGAUCCUCCUCCUAGACCAAUGGCCCCCAAGCCAGACAAUACAGUUGCUGACCCCGCCAGUGCUUCUAUAGCUUGUGAUGGUUCUCUCCCCACGGCCACAAUGCCCCCACAACCAACACUGAACACUAUUCCUGGAUUUGAAGGACCAAAGUUAAAAGACUAUUUACCUUUCAUGAAACCAAAGACUUUUGGCAAAGACAGAGAUAAGAAUAAAAGAAGUUCUUCUCGGCCCGAGUCUGACAAUGCGAGGUCAAUGCCAGGUGAUUUACCUGGCUCAGCACCCGUUCUGCCUCAGAACUUGCCAAAUCAAGGUGACUUAAGCAGUUAUCUCCCUAGAGCAGAUCUGCAGAACCCAUCAAUUCCACAAGUCUCUGCUUUCACAGGAAGCCAACAUCCAACAAGAGGCCAAUCGGCAUCUCCAACAUUUAGGCCCCCCUUUAAUCCCACACAUGUUGAUGUAGGGCAAUCCUACUCCUCUCCCGGUCCAAGUCCUGCUCCGAGCCCUGCCCUUCCAUCACCUGCCCAUAGUCCAUUACCACGGCAACAGUUCAGAUCCCAGUCAUUGAGCCCUGUGCCACACAAUGGAGCCCAGAAUCCAACACAGAGCCAAGAAUAUCACAGUUUGCCAGUAGGAUAUAAUUCAGGUUAUCUUCCCCAGGGUCAGAGCUCACAAUAUCCAGCAAUGUCUCAAGGGCAAAUGCCUGGAUAUCAGGGUGUUCCUCAAGGUCAGAUACCAGCGUCAGGUUCAGAUUCAAGCAGACAAGGAAUGAUACCUACUCAGCCACCUGGCAAUUAUUACAAAGACGAUCCCAGACAGUUCCCACAGGUCAGAGAUCCUAGACUCUCUGCUGCCACAGGUACUGUAGAACAACAAUCAGGUCAUUCUUUAACUCAGAUGAUGACAGGUCAACAGAUUCCCUCUAGUCAAUUACAGCACAGUCAGUCCAAUAUGGUUGUUAGUCAAGCACAAGCUGUCAGUAAUGUUGGUCAAGGGCCUUCAUCUCAUGGGAGUCAGUAUUUUCAAAGUCAAUAUCAGCCAACAUCUCAAAAUGUUUCCAUGCAACAGCCACAGCAGUUUAGUCAAGCACAGCAAUCCCAAGGAGUUGUUAGUCAAAGUCAACAACAGUUUUCAAAUUCUGUGGCCUCAGAUGUUCAAAAAAUGAACCAACAGCAAAAUAUGUAUGCUAAUCAGCAAGUAAACAGCAGUGGGUACCCAACCAAUCAGAAUGCCGCAAACAAAAAUUUACCUAUGGCCAACCAGAUUGAUCCUUACACAGGAGGAAGGGCCUCUCCGGCCAACAUACACUUGGGACUGCCCUAUGCCAGCACCCAUCAGUCACGCCCUGCCACUUCCAUCAGCCAUGGCUUUGAUAAAUUCUACACAGUGGACAGUGGAGAGCAGAACUUGGAAUAUGGUCAUCAGCCCCACGAUCAUAGUGGCUACGCUCCAAUUCAGUCUGGCGGACCACAGCUUCACAAUUCAAAAUGGGAUGCUGAAUUCCCUCAAGCCCAGAAGAAAGAAAAUGAUGCUAAAGAAGAUCCUAGGUAUCAGACAGACGGUUUUGGAAAGCUAUACAUGCAAACAGGCAUGCCGUAUGCCAGCACACACAUGUCUAUCCCAGCCAUUGCUACUAGCCAUAUCAGUACACAGAACCUUUCUCAGUCUAACGCAGUUCCAGUUCUUACGUAUGGACAUCUUGGAUAUGGCCCUCUGUCAUCCACCAGCCAGUCUGCCACUAACCUGACUCAGACAUCAUCAGUACAAGCUUCAGCUAAACAGCAAGUUUCAGUAACACAGCUGCCUUCAGCUCAACAGCAGAUGCCGAGAUUUCCCUCAGGCAUGCCUUAUGCCAAUACAUCCCAGUCUAUGCCAGCUAUGUCCUUUAGCAAAAUGAGUAAUGCAACACAGAAUCCAGUGAUGUCAAGUAAUUCUGCUCAGUAUUACAUGAACAUGUCUGCCACUCAAACCCAAACUCAGACUGUUACUUCAAAUGUUUAUGGUAACCAAGGGAAUUAUAUGAGCAUGCAUCAGCCUCAGCAACAAUUGCAAUCUCAGCAGGGACCACAGUACAUGCAAUCUCAAGUGCAGCCACAAACAUCUGACCGUGGUCCACAGAGUCUUGGUGGAAGCUUCUCACAAGGCCAACAACUGAGUCAGGAAACUGGCCAGCAGAUGUACUACCAACAACAAGCAUCAGGAUAUCCACAGCAAAGUAUGGCUAGUUAUCCAGGAGUGCAACAACAAUCCCAAAAUAUGGCUCAGCAAACACAACAAAGAACACAGCAACAACUCCCACAACAAAUGACACAGCCGCCACAGCCACCACAGCGAAUGGGACAUUAUCCACAAGAAAUGGUUAAGCAUCCGCCACAGCAAAUGGCCCAGCAACCUCCACAACAGAUGGCUCAGCAACCUCCACAACAGAUGGCUCAGCAACCUCCACAACAGAUGGCCCAGCAACCUCCACAACAGAUGGCUCAGCAACCUCCACAACAGAUGGUUCAACAACCUCAGCAACAAAGGUUUCAGCAACCUCCACAACAAAUGACACAGCAGCCUACCCAACAAAUGACUCAGCAAUUUCCACAACAAAGGUUUGGACAACAGAUGGCACAGCCAUCACAAAUACAUCCAGUGGUGCAGCAACAAUAUCCACAACAGAUGACUCAACUACAGCAACAACAAGCACAAGCUAGGAUGCUUCAUCAAGGAAUGAUGCAAGCACAAGGGCCACCUUCACAACAUUUGCCACAAGGAGUUAUGCAACAACAGCAAGGACUUGUCCAACAACAACAACAACAGAUGUCAUCAGCGUCAAAUUAUCAAUAUCCCUCUGCAGUUUCAUACCAAACUACCAGUGGAACUUCAAACCAGUUGUCCACUGGCACAGCUUAUCAAAGCUCCAUUGGAGGAGGUUACCCACAGGCAGCCAGAGGUGGAUCGUACCAGCAACCUAACAGUGGUUCUUAUCAGCCAUAUCCUGCCAGCCAACAAGCUCCCAACAUCUACCAGACAGCGCAGGAACCACAAAGAAAUCAACUUUCUGGCAGUCAGCAAGAACUUCAAGGCUUGUUUGACUCCUCUCAGUCCACACCACUGCAGCCAUUACAGCCACUAGUGGUGAGCCAGCCCCACCCAGCUCCCGUGGAAAUGACACCACAAACCACAACACCGACAUCAUCCUCAUUGUCACCACCUAUGAAACAGAUUUCCAUUGCCCCCCAGCAAAAAUCUCACCGACGUCAAGAUUCCAGUGCCUCUACAACCUCCCUGGACGACAUUUUAUCCACCAGUCCAAGUAUUCCCCCAAAAUCCUCAACUGACCAUAUGCUUACCCCCAAAGUUCUUACUGCACAGGAAAUUGAACAACAAAAAGAGGAAGCUGUGUUGAAGAAUCAGUUAGCUCGACAGUCCUCCAAGGGCCCAUUCACUGACCCCCUGGUGAAGGACAGAUUUGUAGGGGAGGUGGAGAAACUGGCCAAGUAUGUGGAGAGUCUGACGAAACCUACGUGCUCAGGGCCCACCAACCUGGAUCUGGCCUGGAAGGAACUUACAGAUGAACAGGAUAGAGGGGGAAAGAAGUCUUCUAUGGCCAUUGCUAGAUGCUACCCAGCCAAAAACAGAGAACAGGACAGCAUGCCAUAUGAUGAGAAUCGAAUAGUACUUGCCACGAUGAAAGAUGAUUACAUCAAUGCAAGUUCUGUAGUGGACUUGUCACCUAAUUGCCCAAAGUUUAUCACAACACAGUCACCACUUCCUGUUACACUCACAGACUUCUGGGUAAUGGUAUAUGAGCAGGGGUCAGAGGUCAUUGUGAUGCUCUCCAGUGAAACGGAGCAAGGAAAGAAAUUCCCAGAGUAUUGGCCCCAGCAAAAAGGACGAACUGAAUACCAUGGUCCUAUAACCUUGACUCUUCAAAGUAUAAAGGACAAGGUCAACUGGGUGGAAAGAAUUAUUCAUGUAAACCACAGUGAGAAAAAGCAAGGAAGAACAGUGGUACAACUACAGUACAAGAACUGGCCAGUCAGUGGUUUCCCGGAGAAUAUUUCCUUUAUUUUGCAAUUUAUUACUGAAGUCCACAGCUUUUAUAAACAACAAAGAAGUCUGUUGAAGCCAAUUAUAGUCCAUUGCGGCAAUGGCAUCGGCAGAACAGGUGUGUUUAUGUUGGUAUACACAUGUAUGCAAGACAUUGAACAUGGAAAAGGAGUAUCGGGAAUCAUGGAUGUGGCCAAGAAAAUGUUUCGUCAACGACGUCUAGCCAUGAAAGAAAAAUUACAGCUCAAAUAUGCAUAUGAAGCCAUCCUAUUCUAUACUCAAGACAUUUUAGCAAAAGAAGGAAUUCUGGUUAAAAAAGCCUCAUUUGGUGAUAAACUUCCACAUCCUGGAGAGAAAUCUAACCAGUGGACACCAACCGAAGAUGUCUUGUUUGGUUCUUCAAUGCCUGUUAAUAUUUUACGAACAAAUGUCGCAAAAAUGGGUCUCCAUGCUAUACAGCCUACUGCAGAGGAGAAAGGAACAUCGAUGGAACACCCAAAAUCAGGCUUAUCAGAAAAUCUUCCUGAUGUAGUACAACGAUCUGACAUAAAGGAAAAAGAACACGGGGCGGGUACAAGCCUAGAACAGCAGAGUGAUAGUGUGCACUGCAGUCCGAAACUGCCUCACUCUGGAUCAAACUCUUCUCUGAAAAGCCUGGAUUCGGCAUCACACAGGAGCUUAGAUUCAGUGUCACUGCCAAGUUUUGAUUCGGCGCCAGAAUCCAAAGAAGGAUCCCCAUUCCAUCAGCCGGUCAGGCCAGGGAACCAGCUGUCUUUGGCAGAUUUACAAAAUCCUCACACUUUUGACUUGGGAACCAGUGAAGGGAAAAAGAAAAUAACAAAAGCUAAUUUUCAGCAGAAAACCUCUGGACUGUCAGAUCGUUCUGGUGACCCAGCAGACCCAUUGAGUUCACUGGACCCACUUUGGUCCUUAAAUAAAUGAUUAUGUUUGAUGAAACAUUCCAUGAGAACUGAAUGCUGGGAUUUCUGCAGUUGUUGUAGAUGUUGCUUUUGAUGUUUGAUUUAGGUCACAUGGCUGAUCCCUUGACAAAAUGCUUGCUCCAUUUUUUUUUUUGGAAAAACAAAAUGUCUGUGAUUCAUGGUGAGAAAGCUGUCUUAAGUGUUGUGGAAACAUUACAUUUGUGCAUUGAAUACAUAUCUACCUUGCAUAAUAUAGAUAAUGCCUGUAAUCUUUUUGGUAUGGAAAAAAAAAUUAUGGCACAAUGAUAUUGUUAAUGAUUGUUUAAAGCAAUAUGAGCUGCAAUUUUCAUGAGGAGAUUUUUUUUAACAAAAAUGUUAUUUUCUACUAGAACGACAAAAACAUCACGGUUUUUAAAUUUCUUUUCGCCAAAUUUUUGUGAAAAGGGCCGUUAAAGAGCCUUAAUUGGAGGGAAAUUGAAUUAUUGUCGUCCUGUACAAAAAUUGAUUUGCUAUAUGUUCCUUAGAAGAGAUAUCUUUCCUUUGACAAAAAUUAAUGAUUUUUUCCAACCUUAUUUAUCAUAAAAGUUUAAGUUACAUGCAGACUUAGCAUACUAGCAGGUUUUUACAGCAAAAUAAAAUUCUAAAAAAUACAGCUCAUAUUGCUUUAAGGAAUCCAAUUUGUGAUGAAAUAAAGUAAACUCUUAAAAAAUUAUCAAUAUAAAUUGGUUUAAUUAUUUCAUGAAUGAACCUGUUUUUGUAUGAUUUGUUGAUGAGACUUUUAAGGGCAUUUCUGAGUAAUUAUGUACUUAUUCUAAAAGAACCCCUUGUUGUGCAACUGAUGAGCUAUUUAACGAGAGAUAGAUGUGUUUAUACUUGUAUUAUAUUGAGUGUUAUAUAUACUGUUAUUGUCCAUAAUGAACAUCCAAAAUAAAAUAAAGUUUUAUCAGUGUA